AGAAGCAUGUCAUACAAGCUGCUCCUUCAGAAGUUCACUAUUCGCCGGGCUUCAGAAGUUCACUAUGGGGUGCAUUACUGACAAUUCAAAUUUGCCGCAGUUAAUUUUGAAAUUUGGAUUUGGGUUAUGAAAUUUGGAUCGUAGUUACAUCAUGUAUUUUCUUGGACCUACUGAAAGUUGCUCUACUGCCAAAGUGCCAAUGCUGGUUUGGGCCUCUCUCAGCGAAGCCUUCAUUUGGGCGCAAUUUUGCAAAUCCCCCAACCAAGCCAUUUCUACCGCCGGCCGUCGCGGCGUUGGACACACCGAACCCCCGAGCCGCCGCCACCGCCACCGCCGCCGCCACGCGAGGUCGGCACGUCGCAGAAUGUAUCUGGGACGUCGACCUGCGGCCGCUGCCUCUGUUGAGGCCUCUACUACAGCUGUUCGCCGUCGCCGCGACAGGACGAAUUCUCAUCUUCUUCCGCUCCGUUCUACUCGCGCAUGAGGUGUUCGUUGAAAUGCUUGGGAAUCGUUCGCUUGCUAAUCUGGUUGUUUUUUUUUUCUGUCACAGGGAAGCAGACAAUCGAGUAUGUGUAUGGCUUUCCUUCUCCUCUACUUACCAGUAGUCGUGGACGACGAAACUGGCUUUUUCGCCGUGGCGCCAUGGACCUUGGUGAGCGCGCCAUGGUCGGGUGCAGCCGGCAGCUAGCUAUCGUUGCUUCCGGCGCAACGAGCACAUGACGUCAUCGAGCAUGUGGGCCCGGAGGCCCACCUGCCAGCGAACGCGGGGACUGCGGCCCCACCUGUCAGCGAAGGGGGACAACUCCUUUAAAUUGCGGCCGCCUUGGCGCCUAGAAUCCCGAGCCGUUACCGUCGCAACGACCUCCUCUCCUCCCUUCGCUCUCCCCUCGCCGGAGCUCCAAGAAACCAAGAGCGCCGCGCCGCGCCGCCUCUGCCGCUCGCCGAUCGGAGCUCCAAGAAACCAGAGCCCCGCGCCUCCUCCGCCGCUCGCCCGAGUGGAGCGGCAAGAAGCCAAGAACCGCGCGUCGCCUCCGCCGCUCGCCGGAGGCAAUGGAGCAGUUCCACGACGGGCACCACGUGUGGCUGCGGAGCCGCGCCAACGGCCUGUACCUCUGCGCCGACGACGACAGGAGCGGCGUCUCCCUGCAGCAGGACCGCGCGUCCGUGCACGCGGCGUGGGCGGUGCACAUACUCCACUUCAACGGCGGCGACGUCCUCAUGCUCCACAGCGCCGCGAACGGGCGGUACCUCGCGGCCUACAGGGCCGAGGGAUCGUGGAACGUCGAGCGGCUCAACCUCAACCGGCUGCCGUCGCUCACCUUCAGCUGGUACGCUCUGGGGUCGAGAUACGGGGACGACGUCCUGCUGCGUCACUUCAAGAGCAUGUUCUUCCUCCGAGCUCUUUUCAGGAGGGAUCGUAUCAGCAAUAGCGGCGCCGUCGGCCUUUGCGCGAUGGACCGGGGCACCACGACCAUGCAGUGGGUGGUGGAGGCCAUACCCCCAAGAGAGUCCAUACCUACCCUUCCAGAUCCUUUGCCGCCCAGUUCUUUAUCCGGUGUGUACCGCAUCUGGUAUGUGCGAGCAAAUCCUGAUGGGAUUAUCUCCCCAAACGACUGGAGGCUGUUCUUAUUCUACGGUAGGUCAGUGCGCAAUCUAAGUGCAUUGCUGUCGAUUGAGUUGGGCAUCAGAAGGCCCUCCGACGCCAUUUUGUGUGUUCGAGCGGGCUUCUUUGGACGGCUGACUCCUCUGGUUACUAAUCUGCCUCACAACAAUAUGUUGUUGAACUUGGACAUUGUCGUUAUCACAGCCGGGACGAGUGCUGCUGAUCGGUUGAGAUACCCCAAUGUUGAUGCUGCCUAGAGGAAGACAGAACAACAGGAGCAAAACCUCUGACAAAGUGACAAUCACUUCUUCAUUAAUCUCUUCAGAGCUUUUCGCUGCUUCAGAUCGAAUGACAGAGAACUGGAUGUCUUCUUUUUUAUGGUUGAUAUAGGUUCAGAAAGGGAAAGCGUCAAACCUUCUGUUUCACUGUUGUUCUGAAGGUUAUGAACUGCUGUAAGCAACUAAGUAGAACGUGUGCCUGAACAAUUGUGCGUUCUGACAUUUGCUAUAGUUUCCAUGGAAGUGCAUGAUUCGAUUGGUCAUCGUUUUGCAGAGUGAAAUGUUAUGCUCAAGUAUGAAUGCAUAUUUCUCAUGACCUUUUCCCUGUA